AUGACUGAUGGUGUUAAUAUUGUAAUUGAUGAGAAUUCAUUUCCGGAAACUGAUGAGUUAAAACACGUCGAGAUCAGAGAUGUGGUACAUUUGAUAGUGAAGAAUAAAGCAUUUACGAAUCUAUCCUCGAAAAAAGUACAGUUGGAGAUCAGAGACAUUUCUACCGUGCAGAUACAUGAGCAAGCAUUUCAACAGAUCCAAGGAAAUCUCAGUGUGCUCAUUGAGAACUGCUCUAACGUCCGCAUGAACGUGCAUGCUAUUUCUUCGAUUCAAGAUCUGACAAUAACUGAUGUAGCUCAAUUACAAAUGGAGGAACCUGAGCAGAAUCCUCGAGCUAAUACAUUUAGUACACCUAAAACACCUAGUAAACCUUGUAAACCUCGUACACUUAAAAUCAAAGUGAGCAACAGUAAUAUCGACCAGUUUCCAGAAAAUUUCUUCCCUUCGUCGAUCAGAGAAAUAACGAUAACAGAUUGCAACGUGGGUUCUUUUCGAAAAAAUUCCAUCAUAGCUCCUAAUGGUGAAAACAUCACGAUUAAAGAAACCAAUAUCCAGGUCAUCGAAAGCGAAGCAUUUACUCCUAAAUGUGGACGUUACUUCAAAGGGCAAAUUUUGUUGAAAGACCUCAACAUAGGCGAAAUACAAAGCAAUGCCAUGUACUUUUCAGGCAACAAUUUUUCACUCAUCGAUACAAAGUAA